GUGACCGCACACUGGAUCAGUAAUGGCAGCAGCACCGGUGUGUAUUAGAUCGAUUCUCCGCGGUUCUCAGUGCGGAUUCAGGUUUAUUUCGAGAUCUGUACCGGGACUGAGCAGCCCCGUCCUGACCCGCAGCCACAGACUCGGACCGACGGACGAUGAGAUGUACCAGAGGACGACGGUGACGGUGAUGCAGAAGGAGCAGGGCGGUGGUCCCAUCAUCUACAGCUACAGUCCUCGAGGGUUCAACAUCGAUGGGAACAGAGUGAUCGGACCCUGUGCCGUCGUGCCCCCGGCUAUACUACAGUGGAAUGUUGGGAGUCAUACAGACAUAACGGUGGAGAGUUUAUCUCUGUUCUACCUGAUGGAGCCGCGGAUAGAGGUAUUAGUUCUGGGUACAGGAGCGCGUACUGAGCGUCUGGACCCCGACGUUCUUGCCUUCAUGAGGAGAAAGGGCAUCGCCAUGGAGGUACAGGACACGCCGAACGCCUGCGCCACGUUUAACUUCCUGACCAGCGAGAGACGAAUCACAGCAGCCGGUCUGAUCCCGCCACCUUCGUCCACAGCGACAGAGUGACGUCUGAGUGACCUCGGCUGAUGUGCUGACCCUAGGCCUGUGGAAGCGUGUGUGUGUUUGUGCGUGUGUGCGUGUGUGUGUGUAAGGGAGUUAUGUGUAUAUACUAUUCUGUGUAAUAAAGUUGUUUUUGGAUA